AUGAGCUUCACUUCAAUUUUAAGAGAGAUCCAUAGGAAAAAGCAAUCCGAUGUAAUGAGAUAUCUUUUCAGACUCAGCAUUGUUGAAGCUCGUCAGAGGGACCCAGUGCAUCGCAAGGAAAGACCAUCGUUUCUGGAGAGAGCGCGCGUUCUGGGAUACAAGGCAAAGAAGGGAUACUGCAUCUAUAAUGUCAGGGUUAAGAAAGGAAACUAUCCUCGCUAUCUCAAGUAUAAUAACGGUAACACAAGGGGCAAGUGUGUCAAUGCGGGUCUCCAUGAAAUCAAGCCUGCGUUGAGAAAACAAGCCGAGGCAGAGAUACUUGUUGGAAAGACAUGUGCUAAUUUAAGAGUUCUUAAUUCAUAUUGGGUUGGACAGGACUACAUGUACAAGUAUUUUGAGGUUAUCUGUGUUGAUCCCAACCAGGAGUGCAUCCGUAAUGAUCCAAAGAUAAACUGGAUUUGCAAUGCUGUUCAGAAGCACAGAGAGUGCAGAGGCCUUACCUCUGCGUCAAAGAAGAGCAGAGGACUUGGCAAGGGACCCAAGUAUAACAAUACGAUAGGCGGAUCAAGAAGAGCAUGCUGGAGAAGGAACAACACUCUUUCACUUAAGAGAUACCGUUAA